GACAGAGCUCUGAAUGCUAUACUUAUUUCUGUCUGUUCUUUGGAUCUUUUUUCUAUCGUGAUACUACUUUUACAUCGGAUGACGCACCAAUUGGCGAAAUACUACCUGAUUUAGACACGUACUUGAAUAUGGGCAAGUCAAGGCCUCAGAAACAGAAGAAAUCCUCCAAGUCCCGCGAGAAGUCCGUCCUCGGCCUCGGUGGUUCGGUGAAGCAACAGCAGCAGAAGAUGAUGAACGAAGAUCCUUCUCAGCUCCUAGAGCAGGCGACGAUACUCAUCCAGACCGGCCAGGCCGAUGCCGCUCUACAGAUCGCGCAGCAAGCGCUCGACAGCUCGCCCGCGGGCUCCCCGUCACACCUCUCGGCCUUGAUCGCCGUUGCGGAGAUUUACGUCGAACUCGGCGAUAUCGACACUGCGAGGUCCCACUUCCUGCGCGCGGUCGACGCCGAUCCCAAUGGCACGAUACCUGAGUCCGAAGGGGGAGGUGCGGAGAAGUUCUUGUGGCUGGCGCAGUUGAGUGAGGAGGGUGGGAAGGAUAGUGUCCGGUGGUUCGAGAAGGGUGUCUCUUCGCUCAGACAUGCUAUUCAGCAAUUAGAGCAGAGCCCCGGACCUCAGGAGGCGGCCGAGCUGCUAGAGAAGAAGCGCAAGAUGGCGAACGCUCUGUGCGCUGUGGCGGAGAUCUACAUGACCGAUCUCUCCUGGGAGGAAGACGCAGAGAAUCGGUGCGAGACACUCAUCACGGAGGCUCUGCUUGUCGAGCCCAAUGGACCUGAAGUCCUUCAGACCUUGGCUUCUAUCCGCAUCUCGCAGCUACGAACAGAUGACGCCAAAGCAGCACUUACAAGGAGUCUCGAGAUCUGGAAGGACUUGCCCCCAGAGGACUCUAGCAUCCCCGACUUCGCCACGAGAAUUAGUCUGUCGCGUCUGUUGAUGGAGGUGGGAAUGGAGUUUGAGGCAUUGGAGGUCUUGGAACGGCUGAUAUUGGAGGAUGACCAGAGUAUCGAGGCGUGGUACCUGGGCGGAUGGUGUCUUUACCUUCUGGCUGGCAAGCAACAGGCCCCCGCAGAUGUCGAGGAAGACGCCGACACCCCAGAGGCCAAGCGCCUGGCAUCGCUCGUUGCCAGUCGCGAGUGGCUCAAACAGGGCCUGGCUUUAUAUGAGAUUCAGCAGUACGAGGACGAGAGGCUCAAGGAGCAUGCGCUCGAACUGGUGCAGGAGAUGAACCAGGAACUGGGCGAGGAGAUCGAGGACGAAGAAGCUGAAGGCCAGGAGGGUGAGGAAGAUUGGGAGGACGCGGAAAUCGAGGUGGACUCUGACACGCGAUUCCCUCCCUCCCCGGAGAUAAUAAGAGCCAAAUUUGUCCGGCCAAGCACCGUCGGGGUGGCAAAACUGAGCUCGAUGAUGGACCUGGAAUCAGCGCCCAGCGGGGAUACUUCGUCGUUGCAGCAGCAGCAGCAGCAGCCCCCAGUUGCCGUCGCCGGCGUCGAGAUGACUUCCGCGGACAAGCCAGCCACGGCCACCGAGAUCCCCACCAGGGGCGAGAUGUCACACACCGAGUACGAGACCGACAGUGACGUUUCUGGGGAAGAUUGGGAAAACCAGUCGCUCUACGAUGACGCGAUUGAAGUGCUGCAGGACGAGCAACUCCGCGAAGGAGUCCCUGACGCCUGUACCUUGGAAGAGGCUGUCGCAUACCGAAAUCGACUCCAUGAAAUCGGCAAGGCUGCCUUCGUCGAAGAAACCAUCGCAAAGGAGACCGUCACUGCGAAGAAGCUGUGCACCGCGUUCGGCAUCCGGCCCCCGGCGUUCCUCGAAGGCGCCCCUGACGAGGCAUACCACCCCCUACUCGCGAUCGCGAUCUCGCGCGAGUUCUCCAGACGGCCCAAGCUCCCGCAGUACAAUACCAUCGACGACGCGGUGAGGUUGCUAAAGGAGUCCAAGAACAUCGUUGUGCUGACCGGCGCUGGGAUAUCCACCAGUUUGGGCAUUCCCGACUUUCGAUCCAAGGACACCGGUCUAUAUUCCCAGCUCGCGCAUCUGGGCCUGAGCGACCCACAGGAGGUCUUCGACAUCCACGUGUUCCGCGAAGACCCCAGUAUCUUUUUCUCGGUCGCCAAGGAUAUCCUCCCCACGGAGAAGAAGUUCUCGCCGACACACGCGUUCAUCCGUCUUCUGCAGGACAAGGGGAAACUGUUGACCAAUUACACCCAGAACAUUGACAACAUUGAAGCCAAUGCCGGCGUUCUCCCGGAGAACAUUGUCCAGUGCCAUGGCUCGUUCGCCACGGCGACCUGUGUCAAGUGCAACUAUCAAGUGAUGGGCGACGAGAUCUUCGAUGAGAUCAAAAAGGGUGCCAUUCCCCAGUGUGCCGCGUGUCGCGAACGUAUCGCGGAAGAGACGGGUAUGAAGCGCAAGCGCAGCACCACCGGAGUUCACAGGAACCGCAAGGACGAUGAGGGAGACAGCUCCGAUGAUGACUACGAGAUUCCGUCCCCAGGUGUCAUGAAGCCCGAUAUCACAUUCUUUGGCGAGGGUCUUCCCGAUGAGUUCGGUCAUCGCCUGCUUCACCACGAUCGCGAACGGGUGGACUUGGUCAUCGUCAUCGGGACUUCUCUGAAAGUCGCGCCGGUGGCAGAGGCACCGGGCGUGCUGCCUCGUCAGGUGCCCCAAAUCUACAUUUCUCGUACCUACUUGAUCCGCUUCGCGCAGGUCCACGAGUCUUUCCGGCAGCCGGAGAUUCAGGCCCUGGCAGACUUGGCCGGCAUUGAUUUGGAAUUUAUCUACUACGACAAAUAUUCCCCCUUCUGCAUCAUCAAAGUCCCCAAUGAAGCCGCCGCGCGCACCCUCAUCUCGCGCAGCAUCCUGGCCAAGGACAUCUUCGAGCUCUGGGGCCAUGGCACGACGCUGGCAGAAGUGCACGCCGACGUCCGCAGGCGGACGAGCGAGGCGCGCUGGGCCGAGUUCGCGACGGACUCGUUCAAGUUCACCGUCGACAGCUUCGCGGGCAAGCGCAGCAACGAGCAGAAGCGCGCGAUCAUCCAGUCCUUCUCCUUCCUGGGGUUCCGGGGGCCGAUCCGCAUGAAGAAUCCGGAUCAGGAUUUUUGGGUUCUGGAGGAUUAUGGGUGGGAUGUUGCUGACGCUGACACUACCACCGCCACCACUACUGGCAGCAGUACUGCUGAAGGCCGGACCAGCAACACCACCACUCCCACCCUCCGCCCCGUCCCCGAAGGCCAAGAACCCCAGAAGAUCUAUUUCGGCCGCUGGCUCGCCAACAGCAGCCGCGAGGUCAUCAACAAAUACGACCUCAAGAAACGGCGGUACAUCAGCACGACCUCCAUGGACGCAGAACUCACCCUCAUCACGGCCAACAUGGCGCACGCGGCCCCCGGGAAACUAUUCUACGACCCGUUUGUCGGCACGGGCAGUUUUCUCGUGGCGAUGGGCCAUUUCGGGGCGCUCAACUUCGGGUCCGACAUCGACGGCCGCAGCUUCCGCGGCAAGGAGAUGAUCGAGCGCGGCGGGACCAUGGGCGUGCUGGCCAAUUUUCAGCAGUACGGGACGGUGAGCAAGUUUGUGGAUGUGUUUUCGUCGGAUCUGACGAAUACGCCGCUGCGCGGGCGGCCGUUUCUGGAUGGGAUUGUGUGUGAUCCGCCGUAUGGGGUGCGGGAGGGGCUGCGGGUGUUGGGGAGGAGGGAGGGGCUGCGGAAUGAGGAGGUGAUAAUUGAUGGGGUGCCGGCUCAUCUUCGACCGGGAUAUAUCGCCCCCAAGAAACCCUACGGCUUCGAGGCCAUGCAGAACGAUAUCCUUGACUUCGCCGCCCGCACGCUGGUAACCGGUGGACGUAUGUGCAUGUGGAUGCCCACCGCCAACGACGAGGACACCGAGCUGGAGACGCCGAUGCAUCCGAACCUUGAGGUCCUGAGCGUGUCGGUUCAGCCCUUCUACAACUGGUCCCGUCGUCUCAUCACCUACCGAAGACUCCCAGAGGGCCAGGUAUCCGAUAUCUCCAUGGGCCGCCGCAAACUCGACUCGAAGGGUGUUUAUGCCGAUGAACUGAACUCGUUCCGUAAGAAGUACUUCACCAAGAACCCCCAGUACGACAGCAAAGAACCCAGAUCAGGCAGCGCAACGCCGUCUUCAUAAUCCCGAUACAUAACAAAUUACCAUCAGACUAUAUAUAAAGACACGAGUGCAAGAUGCAAAAACCCAC